AUGGAGCCGAAAAUUUCUCUAAGACAAGACCCGGCUUACAUAAAACUGCAGGAGUUUUAUAAUACAAAUGCUGAAAAAAUUAAUAUCCUUCAACUUUUUCAACAAGAUCCUGAUCGCUUCAAUAAAUUUAGUCUACGCAUUCCGACACCCGAUGAUGGCGACAUUUUGUUGGAUUACUCUAAGAACCGUUUAGACCAAGCCACUUUUGAACUCCUUCUGAAUCUUGCUAAAAGCCGUGGCAUUGAACAAGCUAGAGAUGCUAUGUUUACAGGGCAGAAGAUAAACUUUACAGAGGACCGCGCUGUACUGCACAUCGCACUGCGCAACCGUCAAAACAGACCAAUCCUUGUGAACGGUGCUGAUGUGACUCCUGACGUCAAUGCCGUUCUUGGUCACAUGAAGGAGUUCUCUGAGCAGGUUAUAAGCGGGCAGUGGAAGGGGUACACGGGGAAGCCAAUCACUGACGUCAUCAAUAUCGGCAUCGGUGGCUCCGAUCUGGGACCACUCAUGGUUACAGAGGCUUUGAAGCCAUACGCCAACCAUCUCAAGGUUCACUUCGUGUCAAACAUCGACGGGACGCAUUUAGCAGAGGUGCUCAAACGCCUUAACCCAGAGACUUCGCUCUUCAUCAUAGCUUCGAAAACAUUCACCACGCAGGAGACUAUAACCAAUGCCACUUCAGCGAAGAACUGGUUCCUAGAUGCCGCUAAAGAUGCGUCGGCGGUGGCAAAGCACUUUGUUGCGCUGUCGACUAACAGCGAAAAGGUGACCGCUUUCGGAAUAGACUCCAAGAACAUGUUCGGCUUCUGGGACUGGGUCGGCGGGAGAUACUCACUUUGGUCGGCGAUCGGCCUGUCCAUCUCGCUGUACAUCGGCUACGAUAACUUCCAGAAGCUUCUAGAGGGCGCAAACUACAUGGACCAACAUUUCGCAACGGCUCCGUUGGAGAAGAAUGCACCAGUGAUUCUAGCUCUUCUCGGUAUCUGGUAUCACAACUUCUAUGGCGCGGAGACGCACGCACUCCUGCCCUACGACCAAUACUUGCACAGGUUCGCGGCGUACUUCCAGCAGGGCGACAUGGAAAGCAACGGGAAGUACGUGACGCGCGCCGGCAAUCGCGCCGACUACUCGACGGGGCCCAUAGUGUGGGGCGAGCCGGGCACAAAUGGCCAGCACGCGUUUUACCAGCUGAUACACCAGGGGACCAGGCUCAUCCCGUGCGACUUCAUCGCGCCGGCCCAGACCCACAACCCGAUUUCCAACGGCAUACACCACAAGAUCCUGCUCGCAAAUUUCCUGGCGCAAACCGAGGCCCUCAUGAAAGGAAAAACUUCGCAAGAGGCCAAAGCGGAACUUUUGAAGUCCGGUAUGGCGCCGGAAUCCGUCGAGAAGAUUUUACCGCACAAGGUGUUCCUGGGCAAUCGGCCUACGAACUCGAUUGUUGUUAAGAAGGUCACCCCCUUCACACUUGGAGCCUUGAUCGCGAUGUACGAACACAAGAUCUUCACGCAAGGCGUGAUCUGGGACAUCAACUCCUUCGAUCAGUGGGGCGUGGAGCUCGGCAAGCAGCUGGCCAAGGCGAUAGAGCCGGAACUGCAGGACAAGAAGCCGGUCAGCACCCACGACGCCUCCACCAACGGCCUCAUCAACUUCCUAAAGGAGAACUACGCU